AUGUCGAAUCAUUCGUGUUGGCCAAGUUCUCAAAGCUGGAAACGUUAUUGGCCGACGGGUAUCGUUGCUGUAAUUGGUGUCGUUCAAACAUUUUUUUCGUUCGCUGCUGUCGCACUUCAUGUUGCCAUUGUUUUAAUUGGUAUAGUUAGCCUUUGCAGUAAUUAUGCAGCAUGGUAUGUUAUGGGCUUUGUUUGCUGGGCCUUUUUUUUGACAAGCUGGAUAUCGGUCUUCUGCGUCACUUGUUGUAAUCGAUCAUCUGUUCGUUGCGCAACACAUACGAUGAUAGAAAAUAUCCUUGCAUUUAUCUUUUCAGCUGUACUCAUUGAUUUUGAUCGUAAACUUAAGGAUGGUCAAUUAAUCCCCGGUUCUACAUCGUGCUCCAGCUCCUCAUGGUACAAUGUUCAAGAUACGAGUGACAGUGACACCAAGUUAACAGAUGUCUUCCUCUCAUUAACGAAAGCACAGUUAGCUUGUGGAGUUUUCAUACUGAUAUCAGCUCUUGUUUUCAUUGGUAUCUAUAUAUAUGUAUAUGUCAAUCAGAGCAGUGAAUGA